ACAGUGAAGUGUGUUCACAUGCAAAUAAAUUGAAGUCUCCACAGAAAACGUUUCACGACACACUGAUGAAAAAUUUCAGGCCUAGAGACACUAAUUUUAAAAUGAAAGCAUAGGUGUUGAUGAAAAUGCAGAGCGAUAUAAGUAUGAUGAGAGGUGAAGUGGGAGGAAGACUACAUUAAGAAAUAACAACAGAUAAAAGGUUAAGGGGAAAAAAUAUCACCUGUAGAUCUGUAGUGUAUUUGAAAUUAAUUUAUGUGAGUAUUUCAUGCAAGGAUGAAUGGAAAGCCUUUAAUUAGUCAAUAAGAUUUGCUGCAUUCUGCACAGCAGUAGAAUGUAAGAAUUACUUAGGGACAGAGAAAGCUAAGAAGGAGUCAGGAGGGGAGCUGCAGCUGCUCUGUGUGUGUGUAUGCAAGUGUGCGGGUAGGGUUCAGACAUGUUCAUCAAAGAAAAUCCGUGUGUGCUGUGAACGAAACCAGAAAACAAAAUUCUUUGAACAUAAGAGCUAGAACGGAGACUUCAAGAGACUACAGAAUGUUCAUAGUGAACCCAAGUUAUCUGACAUACUUUAGCACUUUAUGAAGGAGCAAAGUGCCAUGCAUAUAUACCAAACAAAUAAUUCUUGAACUGAAUGACAUCUGAGCUCCUUAUGAAGUGAGAGACUAAUAACAGUCAAAAGCAAUUCUUUUUGGAGUGUGGAUUCCAGAUGUAAAAACUGUUCAUCAUAUACUUUAAUGAAUAAGAAAAGUCUGAACAGAAUAGAUGUAAUACAGUUAAAAUGACCUAUAAUAAAAUAUCUCUAAAUAUGACAUGCAGAUUGGACAGAAGUCAGGAGUCAGUGAUGACAAACCGCACAGUAACGACAUUCAUCCUGCUGGGACUGACAGAUGACCCACAGCUGCAGGUUUUGAUUUUUAUCUUUCUCUUUCUCACCUACAUGUUGAGUGUAACUGGGAACCUGACAAUCAUCACACUCAUCUUACUGGAUUCUCACCUCAAGACAGCCAUGUACUUCUUUCUACAAAAUUUCUCCUUCUUAGAGAUCUCAUUCACAUCUGCCUGUAUUCCCAGAUACUUGUACAACAUAGGAACAGGUGACAAGCUCAUUACCUAUAGUGCCUGUGCCAGUCAAGUAUUUUUUACUGACCUCUUUGGUGUGACAGAAUUUUUCCUCCUGGCAGCCAUGGCCUAUGACCGCUAUGUGGCCAUCUGCAAACCCCUGCACUACGUGACCAUCAUGAACAGCACAGUCUGCAGAAGACUUAUAUUUUGCUGUUGGGUGGCUGGUCUGUUUAUUAUAAUCCUCCCACUCAUCCUGGGCUUGAAUCUGGAAUUUUGCAAUUUGAAUACUAUUGAUCAUUUUUUCUGUGAUGCAUCUCCCCUCCUGAAGAUCUCUUGUUCAAAUACUUGGUUCAUGGAACAGGCUGUUUUAAUCUGUGCUGUGCUGACUCUCAUUAUGACACUUAUGUGUGUCUUUCUGUCCUACAUUUAUAUCAUCAAGACAAUUCUAGGAUUUCCAUCUGCUCAGCAAAAGAAAAAAGCCUUUUCUACUUGUUCUUCCCACGUGAUUGUGGUUUCCAUCACCUAUGGAAGCUGCAUCUUCAUCUAUGUCAAACCUUCAGCAAAGAAUUCAGUGGCCAUUAAUAAGGGUGUGAUGGUGCUCACAACUUCCAUUGCCCCUGUGCUGAAUCCCUUCAUUUACACCCUGAGGAACAAGCAAGUAAAACAGGCCUUCGAUGACUCAAUCAAAAGAAUUGUAAUAUUCUGUAAGAAAUAGGGGGAUAUGAGGUACAGUUUACACGUGCAGAGUAAACUUCCCAAACUCUGUAUUUAGGUUGACUUUUUCAAAACACAGUCUCAUUGUCUGGCUGGUUUCUCUGAAGCCCAUUUGUUUUAAUGUAAAACUUUUUUUUUUUUUUAAUCUGCCCUGUUCUUAGGUACUUUCAUAUGUUUCUUUUUUCACCUUUGAGAUUUCUCCAUUAGUUUGUGAGUUAUACACUAUACCCUUUUUUAUAUAUUUUUUGUGAUUUCACUAGAAUUAAAACUAUUUGCUUAUUUUUUCUAAUCUACCAUGCUGCCUUUCAGAGUUUUCUGUAAUUUUUUUUAACCUUGUGUUUCUUUGAAUAUACUAUUUUUGCAGUCUGUGGCUUGUAUUUCCAUCAUCUGAAGUAGCCCGUGUCUGUUUCUGUUGUCCAUUUCUCCCAGAUGGUGUUUUUCCUUUUAAUAUGUCUGUUAAUGCUUCCCCAUAUCCUAGACAUUGUUUUUGCAGAAUUAUUUAAAAAUUGAAGCUGGAAUAAUGUUAUCAUUCUAUGGAAGGGAUUUUUGUUUGGCUUCUUCCAAGACCCUGGUUAAUAAUAUGAAAACACCUUAAACCAAGCUCAAAGCUUGAUGCAAAAUUGGCUUCAAUUCUACAUGAGGAUCUUUGACUUCUGGUCCACCUUUAUCCCUUAGAAUUAUAUUCAUUCAUGUCACAGCCCAAAUUUCAUAAGCAGCCGUUACAUGAGACAGGAAAUCUAUCCAUUUAUUUUAAAGUCAAGAUUUAGAUAUAUUGCAUUUUUGUACACAUUUCAUGUUCAUGUGUUUGUCAUCUCUGUUUUCAUGUUAUUUUGUACCCAAUCUGAUUGGGAAGACUGAUUUAAUAAUUUUACAUAACCUAUUUAGAGCCCUUAU